AUGAAAAUCAAGAUGUUUGAUGGCAUGAUUAGAACCUUAGCAGACGUGCGUCAUGUUCCGGGUCUAGGGAAGAAUUUGAUCUCAUUGGAAGCACUUGAAUCCAAUGGAUGCAAGUACACGGCUCAAGGUGGAGUCUUGAAGGUGAUUAAGGAAGCUCUGGUUGUUCUUAAGGGACAGAGAGUACGGUUCAAUGCUGCAACUCAUACAAGCAAGGGCAUGCUCGAGUAUGUACACACGGAUGUAUGGGGUCCUUUACCGGUAAAGUCAAAAGAAGGGAAGGAAUACUUCGUGACAUUCAUUGACAAUUUCUCUCGCAAAGUUUGGGUCUACUUCAUGCGACACAAAAGUGAAGUCUUUGAAAAGUUCAAAGAAUUGAAAGCUCAAGUUGAGACUUCAACGGAGAAGAAGAUUAAGUGCUUGAGAUCGGACAAUGGAGGAGAGUACAAAUCGACACCAUUCAUGAAGCUUUGCAAGAAUGAAGGGAUUAAACGUCACUUCACAAUUCCGGAUAUGCCCCAACAGAAUGGCGUAGCGGAAAGGGUGGAGCUUGAAACUAGAGAAUCUGCAGAGAAUGGCGAGUCAUCCGAUGAGGCUCCGAAAGUCAAAGAAAUGGUAGAAGUUCCUCGUACCAUUGCGACGGGUCGAGGAAGACGCACUCCAAAAGCAUCGGAGAGGUACAGUUUUGAGGAUAUGGUUGCUUAUGCUCUUACCAUAAGCUCUGGCGAUCCAAGCUCCUACCAUGAAGCUUUGAAAAGUGAUCACAAAGAAAAGUGGAUGACUGCAAUGAUGGAGGAGAUGGAGUCAUUACAAAAGAAUGAGGCAUGGGAACUUGUGAAGAAGCCCAAGGAUUGGAAUGUCAUUGGUUGCAAAUAG